AGAACAAAUAAAAUAAAUAAAUAAAUAAAUAAAUAAAUAAUAUUAUGUAUAUAUAUAAAAAAAGAAAAAACAAAUAGAUAAAAGAGCAUUAUAAAUCAUAUAUAGAUAUAAGAAAUGAUAAUAAAAUUUAAUCGGAAUAUACUUAUAAGGUUAUUUAUAAUAAUUUUUAUAGUUUAUUUUGUAAAUGAUAGCAAUAUAAUAAAAGCAAAUGGUGACACUACACCAAACCAGCAACAGCAGCAGCAACAGCAACAAUCAAAAACAAAUAAUUACAAACCUAUAUUAAAAUUUUCAAAAAAUAUUGAAGUUCCAGGUGAUUCAAAAAAAUCACAAUUAACAUGUAUUGGUGGAACUGCAAUGGGAUCUUCAGAAGAAGUAUUAUAUCUAACAUGUAAAUCAUCCAAACUCGAUAUAUAUAGCAGGGAUGUUAUUUGGAAAUGUCACCCAAAUGCCAUAUCAAAGAAUGUUCAACUAUCUAAAUUAAGAAUUGAAUGUCCCAAACCUAAAAACUACGAAUCAAUUAAUUUUGAUUCUUUAAUGGCCAAUCUUGGUAAUGAACACCCAUGUAAUGUCGAAUACCAUUUAGACUGGGUCCAAUAUAGCUUCGGGAAAGUUAUAGGUUGGUCUGUUUUAGGGUUAAUAUUUUUUUACAUUAUAUUAAAUAGAAACAAUAGUCUUUAUAAUGCUCAAAUAAACAAUCCAAUGUCAUUGCCUAGAGAACAAAUCAAUCCAAAAGUAUUUAGAGCAUUGGGUAUUAUAGUCUGUGUAGUUGUAUUCCUGUCGACUUUAGCAUUCUUAAUUUUAUGCUUAUAUAUGUUUUCAGCUCCAAUUUAAAUAAAUAACAAUAAUUUAUAACUAUAAAAAAGAAAAGAAAAAAAAGAAUGUAAAUAAAU